CAAAAUUAAAAUUUUUUUUUUUUAAAAAAAAAAAAAUGUUUGGUACAAUUAAACGGUCAACUUCCAAAAUUAGCUUUAUUGGAUUUCGACAAUAUAAGCAGCUUAGAAAUUAUAAGCAGAGUAAGAAAAAUAAAUUCGAUGGAUAUUGGAAUUUAAUAUUAGAACAGCCCAAAUCAGGAUCACAUGAACAAACUGAACAAAUCGGAGAUAUAGCCAGUUUAGCUAUUGGAACUGUACCUAAUGUUCAAGAGCCCAUAUAUACUAUUGAUGGAGAAGUAAUACCUCAUAAACCUGAAUUUCCUAAUAAUUGUUGUAUGAGUGGCUGCGCACAUUGCAUUUUAGAUAUUUACCAAGAAGAACUUGAUGAAUGGAAAAAUAAAAUUAAUAAUAUUAAAAAUAGAUUAUUAAAAGAGGGCAAACCAUUACCUAAUAUUCUUUUAGAAUCUUCUGAAUCACAAUUAAAUGAUAAUAUUGAUCCUGGAAUGAAGGCCUUUUUGGAAUUAGAAAAGAGAUUAGCAGAAAAAUCUAAAAAAUUAAUAUAUUAAAAAAAAUUUUUUCUUUAAUAAUAAAUAUAUUUAAAUUUAGGGGUUUGUUUUUUAUCAUACUUAUAAAAUAAAUAUCAUAUAAAGUCAAAA